AUGGAGACGGAGAUACCUAAGUCAGCGGAGAUCUCAGAGACAUUAUUGUCAUCGGGAAAACCCCCGACGAAUCUCGAUUACUACGACGAAGUUGUCCCCGAGUGGAAGGAUCAGAUCACAAUCCGAGGCUUAAUCGUUAGCGCUUUGCUUGGGAUUUUGUUCUGUAUCAUUACUCAUAAGCUCAAUCUCACAAUCGGAAUCAUUCCUUCGCUUAAUGUAGCUGCUGGUCUUCUCGGCUUCUUCUUCGUCAAAUCGUGGACUGGUUUCUUGUCGAAAUUAGGGUUUUCUGCUAAACCUUUUACCAAGCAAGAGAACACCGUUAUUCAGACUUGCGUUGUUGCUUGCUAUGGCCUCGCUUAUAGUGGAGGGUUUGGUUCGUAUUUGAUUGCUAUGGAUGAGAGGACAUACAAGCUUAUUGGGGUUGAUUAUCCGGGAAACAAUCAAGAAGAUGUUGUAAAUCCUGGGUUGUGGUGGAUGAUUGGGUUUUUGUUUGUGGUUAGCUUCCUUGGUCUCUUUAGUCUCGUUCCGCUUCGUAAGGUGAUGGUUUUGGAUUACAAGCUUACGUAUCCGAGUGGAACCGCUACAGCAAUGUUGAUUAACAGUUUCCAUGACAACUCUGGAGCUAAGCUUGCAGGACUUCAAGUUAAAUGUCUUGGGAAAUACUUGAGCCUUGGCUUAGUUUGGAGUUGCUUCAAGUGGUUCUUUAGUGGUGUUGGAGAUGCAUGUGGGUUUGAUCACUUUCCCACACUUGGUUUGACGCUAUACAAGAACACGUUUUACUUUGAUUUCAGUCCUACUUUUAUUGGAUGUGGUAUGAUAUGUCCACAUUUAGUGAACUGCUCGGUUCUUCUCGGCGCUAUCAUUUCUUGGGGUUUUCUCUGGCCAUUUAUAUCACACCAUGCUGGAGACUGGUAUCCACCUGACCUUGGGGUCAACGAUUUCAAAGGUCUCUACGGAUAUAAGGUCUUUAUCGCCAUUGCCAUCAUCCUUGGUGAUGGUCUCUAUAACCUCACAAAGAUUAUUGUGAUCACUGUGAAGGAACUUUACAAUAAAACGUCCAAACAACAACACCUACCUGUCUUUAGCGGCAUUUCAGAUGAUAGUGAGACCUCACAAUUAGAGCUGGAAAAGAAGUUAAGAGAUGAAGUAUUUCUCAAUGAUCCUAUACCUCUCGGGUUUGCGGUUUCUGGUUAUGUUGGUCUUGCAGCCAUUUCAACCGCUACAAUCCCGUUGAUAUUCCCACCACUGAAAUGGUAUUUUGUCCUCUGUUCAUACUUGGUUGCCCCGGCUCUUGCCUAUUGCAAUUCAUAUGGAGCCGGGCUCACGGAUAUGAGCCUGCCUUCAACCUACGGAAAGAUUGGUCUUUUCACCAUCGCUUCGAUUGUAGGAAAUAACGGUGGAGUCAUUGCCGGUUUAGGAGCAUGUGGCGUUAUGAUGUCAAUCGUCUCAACAGCAGCAGAUCUUAUGCAAGACUUCAAAACAGGGUACCUCACAUUAUCAUCUGCAAAAUCCAUGUUUGUAACUCAGCUUUUGGGUACAGCAAUGGGUUGUGUAAUCGCUCCUCUCACGUUUUGGCUGUUUUGGACUGCUUUUGACGUUGGAGAUCCUGAUGGUCUGUACAAAGCACCUUACGCGGUUAUUUACCGUGAAAUGGCUAUUCUCGGGAUCGAAGGCUUUGUACAACUGCCUAAGCACUGUUUGGCUCUUUGUUGCGGAUUCUUUAUCGCUGCUCUGAUUGUAAAUCUUAUCAAAGACAUCACACCGCCUAUGAUCUCUAAGUUCAUACCACUUCCAAUGGCUAUGGCUUGUCCAUUCUACAUAGGAGCCUACUUCGCCAUCGAUAUGUUUGUUGGAACCGUGAUUUUGUUCGUAUGGGAACGGAUAAGUAAGAAAGACGCAGAUGAUUACUCGGGUGCAGUAGCUUCAGGACUGAUCUGUGGCGAUGGAAUCUGGACAAUCCCGUCCGCGAUUCUUUCAAUCUUAAGAAUCAAUCCACCCAUCUGUAUGUACUUUGGACCUUCAUAG